AUGGUUGGGACCCAGCUGUGCUUGAGGAUCGGGCCGGCCAGGCACCGAAGUGGGUCCUUUGCCUCCCAUUCCAGGAUUCAAAGCAACUACAUGUCGCUGCAGCGGAUCAACCGGGAGCUGGAGCAGAAGCUGUACCGCAUGGGCAAGCACUACGACGAGGAGAAGCGAGCUCUGAGCCACGAGAUCGUCGCUCUCAACAACCACCUGCUGGAGGCCAAGAUGACCAUCGACAAGCUGGCCGAGGACAACGAGCUCUAUAGGAAGGACUGCAAUCUAGCGGCCCAGCUGCUGCAGUGCAGCCAGACCUACGGCAGGGUCCAUAAGGUGUCCGAGCUGCCCGCGGAAUUCCAGGAGCGCUUGAGCCUGCACCUGGAGAAGCAUGGCUGCAGCAUGCCCUCCACGCACUGCCGCCCGGGCAGCGUGCCGCUCUGCGUCAUUGCCAAGGUGCCAGAGAAGCCGGAGCCCAGCAGCCUGUCCUCCCCCCUGUCCAUGUCGGUCUCGGUGUCGGAUGCCUCCACCCGAGACCUGGGCUUCCGCGAGGGGAUGCCCAAGUCGAGCCUGCUGCCCCCCUACAAGGAGGAUGCCUACUGCAGCGACUCGGCCCUCUUCUGCCCCGAUGACAGCAAUACUGAACCCAAAUGUACUUUGGACGCGGUCGCCAGCGACAUGAGCUUCCUGCAGACCCAGAAUUCCACCGACAGCGCCUGCGGGGAGGAGGAGGCCGGGGCGGCGGCCUACCCCGAGGCCUACCCCGAGGAGUUCCGGCGCGAGGCCUUCCCCGGCGAGGCCUUCCCCGGAAAAAGUCACCUUAGCAGCCAAAUGACUCGUUUCUCCAUUCUCUUAUAUUACUUCUCAAUGUACUCAAAGAGGCCCAGCUACGCUGCCAGCGAAGAUGAUGGCGACCGGCCCCAGGGGCAGCUGUGCGGGGUGGCCAGCCCCGAGCCCGACAGCCUCUUCAGCUCCAGAGAUUCCUUCGAGCCCAGCUCCAUGGAGGGUUCCCCUGAAAUGCAUCCCGCGGCCCGCCGGAACCCCCAGGCAGCCUUCUCCCGGAGCCGGAGCUCCGGCCUCAGCCGCAAGGAUAGCCUCACCAAAGCCCAGCUCUACGGAACCCUGCUCAACUAAACGCCUGCCCACAGGCCAAGGCCACGGCCAGGGGCACCCGCCGCCCACUGUGCACUCUAGGGCGCUGCCCCACCUAUCUGGACACUUACUCCCCCGGGCACUGCCCACAGUGACUCCUCUCCCUCUUACUGACCCCUCUCUGCCUCAAACUGACCCCUCUGCCUCAAACUGACCCCUCUCCCUCAUACUGACCCCUCUGCCUCAAACUGACCCCUCUCCCUCAUACUGACCCCUCUGCCUCAUACUGACCCCUCUCCCUCAUACUGACCCCUCUCCCUCAUACUGACCCCUCUCUGCCUCUUACUGACCCCUCUCUGCCUCGUAGUGACCCCUCUCCCAUGUAGUGACCCCUCUCCCACAGUGACCCCUCUGCCUUGUAGUGACUUCUCUGACUUGUAGUGUCUCUCUCUCCCUUGUAGUGGACCCUCUCUCCUACACAGUGACCCCUCAGCCUCGUAGGACCCCUCUCUCACAUAGUGACCCCUCUGCCUUGUAGUGAACCCUCUCCCACAGUGACCCCUCCCUUGUAGUGACCCCUCCCUCGUAGUGACCCCUCCCUUGUAGUGACCCCUCCCUCGUAGUGACCCAGUGCAGCCUGAGAAGAGGACCCCUGUGAUGUGUGACCCCCAGCGCCACCACGACGGAACUCCCCGAGGACGUUUCUCACACCAACAUCGUUCCCCACCCGAGAUGAGCAUUCCCCCCUUUUAUAAAGUGAAACUAUUUUUCUAGAGAAAAAGGGUCUUUCUCAACGCACGUGGCCUCCAGCUCCCUGGAUGGCCGCCUUGCGUUUCCAACACACAGCCCCUUUGUUUUCCGGGCGAGGACAUGUGGGGCCUGGCCCUUGGAGGGAAGGACAGUGUUGACACCUCGAAAGCCAGCGACAAGGAAACCUGGAGCUCUGCCCACAAGGAGGGGAACCAGCGGGUGAAGGGACGUGAGACGUCGCGAACUGUUUCCGUGUGCGGCUGACCCGCACCCAGCUCUCCCGUGGUCGUCGUCCCGAGUCGGGCCGGUGCUCAUCCCCGUUCCCGGUCCCCGUCCCCGUCCCGCUGCCCGCUUUUUUCUCCUGUCGUCUGUGAUGCAUGCCCUCCAGUCACUACUGUAUUUGACACUCACUAAUAAACGUGGUGGAAAGCA